GUUGUUUUUUGAUAAUUUUAUAUUUUUGUUAGAGUUUUUAGCAUAAUAUUGUUCAAGUUACGUAAUAUAAAAUCAAGUAUAUUCUAAAUCUCUGCAUACAACGUUCUUGUCCAAGGGUAAUAUAAGAGCAUUUUUAAAUACGUCAUGUAAUCAUUUCUUUUGAUUUGAUGCAUCUUAAACUUAAUGAAUCAGAAGAAAAAGUAUCAUGAGCGUGUUAUAUUCAGAUCACAAUAAUGAAGACUUCUUUCAAAAGUCUAAUAGCAUCAACACUGAAUCUAUUUUAUCGAUCCAAAAAGAUGUGGAACCCUAUGACAUGAUUUCCUUAGUAUUUUUACUUUAUGAUACACCAGAUACAGCAUUACAACGAUUAAUUGUAUAUGAUAGAAUUCACACUGAUGUAUCCGACGACAAUUUGAAUUUACUUUACGAUUGGGCUCUGCAUUCACAAAAGAGACCUACCUGGAAGUAUGAAUUCCUAGAAGCUCUUGCAACUUGUAGAUUGUAUAAUAUAAUAAGACAACUAGGUUUUAAUGUAUCCAAUGUUAAAAAAUACUAUCUACCUGAGAACACAAGUCCUAAAAUAUACAUAAAUCCAAUCAAAAAAGUUUUGUAUAGAUUGUGUGAGCAUAUCACCCAAGAAGAAUUUGGUAAACUAAAAGACACAUUGAUGUCCUACGAUGUCAAGUUCACUGACCACAAAACAUGUGAAUUGCUGCUGCUAGAUCUCAUGUGCCAGAAGUUUAUUAAAGUGCCUGAAUAUGACAAACAAAAACGUCAGUACACUCAAUGUGCUGAUACAAAAAACCUGUCCAAAAUACUUGACUACUUCAGCAACCUAAAACCAUAUGCUUUGCAACUUCGGAAAAUUGAAAAUAAUAUAAACAAUGCAAACUUAGAAAUAAACAGGUCAGAUACUUGUGCAAGCGAACCCAAAAUUGAGGAUAAUAUACAGAAAGAGAAUUUGCAGAAAAGUGACAUGAAUGAGGUAUUUGACGAACUAAACACCACAUUCUGUAUGGUGGAUGACCUCGCAGAGUACUUAAAAUCAGACACUCAGCUAUCGAAAGAUACAUAUCCUAUAAAAAACAAAGCAAGAAUUGGUGUUUGCUGUAUCAUCAAUCAAGAAUAUUUUCAUCUGUCCAAAAGAAACAUGGAACUGGGUCUAGCUCAAGAAGCCCUCGAUAACCGACAUGGGUCAGCAAAGGAUCUGCAGGCUUUGGAAACUACAAUGUCUGCUUUUAAAUUUAAAGUUAUAUCUGGCUCUAAUCUUGACCACAAGGAGACCAUUUUAUUCAUUAAAGAUGUAAUUAAACAAAUACUACCCAAUGACAGUGUGUUUAUGCUCUGUAUUCUUUCCCAUGGAGUGAGAGGUCAUGUGUAUGCAUCAGACUGUGUCAAAAUAAGAGUUGCAGAUAUCCAAAACAUUUUAGAUUCUGAUGAAGCUGUCACUUUGCAUGGAAUACCAAAGGUGAUGAUUCUCCAAGCGUGUCAAGUGAAUGAUGAUAUGCCAACACCAAAAAUGCCUCUGGUUGCAGAUGGCCCGAGUCAUUUGAAGAAGUCACAUUUUCUUAUUUAUUGGGCCACAGCACCUGAAUAUGAGGCAUUUAGACAUGAGCAGGGAGGCUCGUUGUUUAUACAGUUUUUGUGUGGCCUGCUGAAGAAAAAAGGAAGAUCAGAACAACUGUCAGACAUAUUUACAAAAGUAACUGAUCAUGUCACCACACUAUGUGCUCGUUUAGAAAAAGCCCAAGUACCAAUUUUUGAGUCCACAUUGAGAAAAAAGCUGUAUUUGUUUCCGCUGAAUGAUGAAGAAUCAACUGUGUAAGGUCU